AAUGUUUCCUGUGCGGUUUACACGGUCUUGCUCACUGUGCGUCCGAUGUUAGCGUUUGAUCGACAGGGUGAACCAUGAAAAGGCAGUUAAUUUAGACAAGAUCCUUUCCCUACCACCUUCCUGUCGGACACUCAGCAGUAUUUUUUUAGUCACGCCUUUUAAAGGGAGCUGUUACGUCUAACAUAAACAGAAACACAGCCUUGGUGUAGCGUUUUGCUUGUUCGUGGAUUUGUAGCACUGUGAUCAUUUCUGUCCUGGUGAGAUGCUGUAUUCGACUGUCAACGCUAACAGGUCUUGGACGCGCGCUGAAUACUUGCUUAACACGACAUCGCAAACACCCGCCGCCAUGGAUCUCCACAUCGCAAGGUACGCAGUCUUCUGUUCCAUCUUUCUCUUUAGCGUAACUGGGAACACACUGGUUAUUCUAACCGUUGUUUUGCUUCGGAAAAUGAAAACAGUCCCAAUGAUAUUCAUAGCGAACUUAGCAGCCUGCGACCUUACCACUACUGUUUCAAGUAUAGCGUUUGACUUGCCAGAGCUGGAACUCGGCUAUUGGCCGUACGGAGCUGUUCCAUGCAGGAUUAUUUAUCCACUGGCUACAUUUUCAACCAACUCAGCUGCGUUAACUCUAGUGGCGAUAUCAAUUGACCGGUACAUCUCGAUAAUUUGCCCCCUUAACCUGCGUUACCGCAUCACGAAAGGUAAAUGCUUUAAGAUAAUCACAGCGAUUCAUUUUGCCUCUGCUGUCGCAGUUGUACCUUAUGUACUCAUUUUGAAAUACACAGCUGGCUUGGAAUCCCCAACGUGUGGCGAAAAUUGGCCCGAAGGUUAUUCGCUGAACAAAGCGUACACAGUACUGCUGUUUGCGCUCCAAUAUGGACUGCCUUUGGUUAUUAUGUCUGUCGUUUAUACGCGAAUCGGCCUCAAACUUUGUAAAAACACUGGAAAAGCUGCUGAGCUUAGUUCUGGGAAAACAAACAGAUCGCGCAGUUCAACAACCAGCUCGGGGCAGACUCUCCUCCACAGCGCACUGGACAAAGCAACUCACUCCAUUCAGCGCAGAAAAAGACAGAACGAGAAAACCGCGAAAAUGUUUCUGUUUGUUGUUCUUAUCUUCUUGAUAUUCAUGAUGCCGCAUCAAUUGCUCUGGCUUAGCUACGAAUAUGCUAGCAACACCUCUGGUUUCCAGAAACAUGAAGACCUCGUAGUCUUUGUAUGCCGCGCUUUUACAUACGCGAACUCUGUAUUAAACCCACUCGUUUAUGGUGUGUGUAACGGUAAUUUUCGCCGCGGCGUUUUGUCAGUGCUGAAGUGUCAGUGCAGCAAGGCGAGUCAGAGAAAACAGGUGAGGGAAGCAGAAAUUAGAAGAACUGAGACAAUGUUGUCUACAAAUUCAACGCCUUUGUAUGGUGGUUCUUCGGGCUUUAAAGAAAACAGUACACAUGCAAAUUCUGUCCAUUUCUCCCUGCGAAGGGAAGGCUUAAUUCGUAACGGAAAUGGUGUGGUACACCAAGGAGCUUUAAGGACAAACUUAGAUCAAGAGUCCAUCUCUAAACUGCCAACAAAAGAAUUCAGGACGAAAAGUGAAACGGAAGAAAACAACAAUUUGAACAAAACGAAACCAAGCGGUGAUAAAAUUCCUAAAGAAAGCGUCGCCGCUAAGCCGGAAAUUCGUAACUCGCUGUAUGAUAACUCAUUAAACAGCCAUCUUCUACAUCAAGACUCAGAUAGCGAUACUAUGAUAUGGCUACGAGAAACGGAAGCUCUUUUGAACAAACUCUGCCGCGAACUUGACGUCUCCAGAGGAGACAAAAGCAGUCAGUACGGAACGCAACGGGAAAUUCCAUUCCCUUUGAAGGAGAAGAACAUUUUAAGCGCCCAGUUGAGCGCGGAAAAAGAGACAAUUCUUUAAAUAAACCCAGAACAUUGUGGGAGAUGGUAAGAUUUCUUUAAAGCCAUUUGUAAGACAACGUCUCCCCCCAUCGUGGAGAGCAUAACAAAAGAAUUUUAUUUUAAGAGGGUAAAUUAGCAAACAAACUUGGUUGACUGACAAGAACCGGUUCAUCAUGUGUUUUUACAUUUCCUGUUCAAAGCGAUUUACAAAUUAUUUCAAAAUGACUAGACGUUGAAAUGAAUUGUUUUAGGUCGAUAUUUAUCGUUCCAGACAUUUCUCUCAUUAACAGAACAACAUAAAUUUCAGCUUAGAGUGCUAGUUCUCGACACAAUUUCAAGAAUGGAAUGUUUUAUUUGGGUUUGCCUCAUGUAUCAUUAACAGAUUAAGUCGCUGCUUUUGAAUAGCUGGCGACAAGUCCAUUGUAAAUCUCUUUCAAAUGCGUCAUUCAUUUUGUCAAUAAGCGCCUGGUUUUUUUCAAGUUUGUUCAUCCAUCGUAAUUCGUCGCAACUUCGACAAAUUUUCUUAUUUUGAAACACUCCCUCUGAUACGUGCAGAGGAAGUCUUUGCAAGCUUUUCCGUUUUAUCUGUUUCGAGAUUUGGUAAAGGAAAUGAAAAUUGCAAAUGCGAUUCGCGUAAAGUUUUCGAGAUCCUAUUAACAAACAGUAUUUGAAUAAAGCUCUUAUGCAAAAGACUGAUUAUUUACAUAGGAAUUACUUUGUAGAUUUUUUUAACCAAAUUUUGUUAUGAUUAGGGAUUUGUUUAUUUUAAAUUAAGAGAAAAUUUCGACCUGAUAACCUUACUUUGAGAACAGUAAGGAAAUAACAUAGAAUUUAUAGUAAACAAUAAAAGAUGUACCUUUUGAAACAUGCAAUUCGGGCUAGUAUUGCUUUUCUUAACCGUUGUGGCCGAGCACACAGGAUAUUUAUAAACUGAUACAAUGAACGCCGUCUAGAGUUAAACAAACAACUUGACAACUGAGGUCAACCCUAUCGAAUGUUCUUUUCUUCUGUAAGACACGGGAAAUAAGUUUUCAAAAUAGAAAAAUUUCACAUGCAGUGAUUUUCAUUGUGGUUGCACAGCAUGUUUCGUAGUUAAUUAAUUUUUUGUACUUGGAGGCGGGCAAACGAGAGUAAACUCGAGAUUUAAUGAAGAUUAAGAUGUGCGUUCUUGAUUUCAUAAUAAUGUUGUACUAAAAGAAAGCAAUUAAGAGAAGUUAUAUCUUAUUAAAUUACCAUCAUGUUAAAUUUAAUUGCUUCGGUACCAGUCAGUGCUGA